AUGCAUACCGGCUUUCUUCUGAAUGCCAUCUUGGCUUUAGGUGCUGCCACGGCAGUCUCUGCCUCCGCUAUUUCUCCUCGCGCCAAUCGCAAAGCGAACGAGUUCUCAAGCGGCGACUGUGCCCAAGGAACCGCUUCUUACGAGCAUGAGAGUAACUUCAACGUUGAUGUCACUAUGGACGAUACUAGCCAUUCUGUCUACUUCGCAUCUGGACCGUGGUUCUACUACGGAGGAAAGACCGGAAACGGCGGUUCUUGCACGGGCGACUUGCUAGGAAGUUGGAACAACGAUGAGAAUCACCCCUGCGUGAACCUUGACAGGAGAGGUGAUGACGGUCGUCGUAUUCAGUGCGUCAGGUGGAAUAACGGAGGUGGUUAA